AUGGCCCGCCCCGCCGCGCCCGGUCCCGCGCCAUGGUGGAAUUACUUUUUCCUUUAUGAUGGCUCAAAAGUGAAGGAGGAAGGGGAUCCUACAAGUGCUGGCAUCUGUUAUUUUUACCCUCCCCAGACCAUCCCAGAGCAGCAGGAGCUGCUGUGUGGGCAGAUGGCCGGGGUUGUUCGCUGCCUCACCGAGAUCUCCGGGGCCCCUCCCAGCCUGGUCCGCCUCAGGAAGCUCAAGUUUGCUGUGGUGGUGGAUGGAGACUUUCUGUGGGUCCUGGGCUGUGCUGUGGAGCUGCCUGACGUGAGCUGCCGGCGCCUCCUGGAGCAGCUCAUCGGCCUCUUCACCUUCUACCACGGCCCCGUGCGCGGGGCAUACACGGCGUUUUCCCAGGCGGAGCUGAGCAGGGAGUGGGACAGGUACAUUGAGCACAUCCAAAAGAACACCAGUGACCUCCACAGGAUUUUCAAUUCUCUCUGGCAUCUGGACAAAACCAAGGUGGAUCCCCUGCUUCUGCUGAAGGCAGCUCUCAUCCUGCAGACGUGCCAGCGCUCUCCCCAUGUCCUGGCAGGCUGCAUCCUCUACAAAGGCUUGAUUGUGAGCACCCAGCUGCCACCUCCACUCACUGCCAAAGUCCUUCUGCAGGGCAGCCGGUCCCCAGGCCAGAGUGAGCCUGGAGCUGAGGAGCUGCAGGAGCCUGAGCCUCUGCUGCCGCCAGGUGUCCGAGUGCUGCCCGUGUUCCUCACUGCAGAGGAGGUCUCUGCUCUCCAGGACUUCCCCGUGGAGUGGAUGGUGAGGUCACCCAUGUCCCCAGCAGGCCCCAAAGGAGAGGACAGUGCUCUCUGCUCCCAGGCAGUUCCAGAAUCAACAGGAGCUCCUGAACACCAAGCCCUGGAUGGAAUCUCUGUGCAGAAGUCCCAUGAGGAUGCAUCAGAAACAUCUGCUCCAGGAGAUGCUGUGCAGCUAAGCAGCCCUGCAAGUCCUCUAAUGGACUUUUCUGGAAUGGGAGCCGGCACAAGGAAUUCUUCAGCUGCCAACCUGAGUGAAGCAGGCAGUGAAAACUCAGAGCUCAGCAGGAAAACAUCUUUCCCAUCAGAGAGCGAUACAGAGCAGCUCCCAAGCCCUUCCUCACUCCAGACUGAAUGUAGUUGGACUGCAGGUCCAUACCUGGAAGGCUUUUCCUUUCCCAGCCCUUACUCCUGCGAGCAGAAGAGCCAGGACAAGGGGGAAUCCCAUGUGGAUUCUGACGUUGGUCACUGUGCUUCCCAAAAUUCCCUUUCAGUCAGCCACAGCCCAGCUGUUCCUUCUCCUGCCCAGGAGCUGAGCAGGAGAAAAUCCAGUGAGGAGGACAAGCCAUGGACUGUGAGCCAGGACCGUGUGUCUGGGGGAAGUGACAGCACAGCUGGUGACCACAGCUGGGGCUUGGACUGUCCAGGCCCUGCUGGACACGCACAGCUCCACAACAGGAGGCAGCCGCUGCUCCCAGAGCUCCAGGAGGCUCUGCCCAGUGCCCCUGCAGGGGACAGGCCGUGUCCAGGCAGCAGGGACAGGCUGGGUGGCACAGGGGCUGAGCCAGCCCAGCUGAGCCUCUACGUUCACUGCAUCCAGGGCUUGGUGCUGUCGCUGCUGGCUGAGGAGCGGCUGAGCCGCGACCGCGGCGCCGUGCAGGACGUGUACCACAGCAGCCUGGCCUCCCUAAAUGGCCUCGAGGUUCACCUGAGGGAGACCCUGCCCAAGGACUCCUCAGCCUCAGCCAGGACAAACUACAGCUUCACACACUAUGACCGUGUCCAGAACGUCUUCACAGCCAAUUUGCCCCACACCCCUGGGCCCCUGGACCGGCACUUCCUGAGGGCAGCCACACUCAUCCACUCCGACUUCAGCCAGCUCCCCACGGCCUCAGAAGUCAUCAUCAGGAAUGCCUCCACAGCCGUGUAUGCCUGCAGGAAUCCUGUCCAGGAGACCUACUUCCAGCAGCUGGGAGCUCCCCUCCGCAACUCAGGCGUCCCCAACCCUCAUGACAGCGCCUUCAGCCUGCCCAGCAAGGCCAAGCAGAAGCUGCUGAAGCAUGGGGUGAACCUGCUGUGA